GCUCCCGGCGCGGUUCCGCUUCCCGGUGAAGCGCCAUGACGAGCCGCGGGUCGACCAGCCGGUUCCUCACGUCCGUCCUGCACAACGGCGUGGGCCGCUACGUGCGGCAGCUCCAGCGCCUCCAGCUCCUCUUCAGCCCCACCGCGGCCGAUGCCCGCGGCGCCAGCCUUGUUCUCAGGCUAAAGCCAAACCACAGCGCUGCACCAGCUACUAAGAAGGAGAAAAAUGACUGCUACAGCUGAACCCAGGACGAAGGGGAAGAGGAGGGUGCUGCUGAGCUCUGACCCACGGCAGUUCGUGGAGGAGGUGGCGCUGGACUUCGCGCGGCAGCACCCUGAUGUCGUCCUCUACGUCAGGCCCUGCUCCAACCCGGCCCCGGUGCUGGUGGCUGAGUACUUGAACGGGACAGUGCGGGAGGAGCUCAUCACCAGCAAGACAAGCGAGGAGAUCCUGCAGCUGGCCACCAGGCUGGCCGGCCAGUCCGGCCUGGACGUCAUCCGCAUUCGCAAGCCCUUCCACAGUGACAACCCCAGCAUCCAGGGCCAGUGGCACCCCCUCACCAACAAACCCUCCAUCCUCACUGUGCAGGGUCCACGGCUCCAGCCCCAAUAAAGCUUCAGCCCCCCAC